AUGCAGCCAUAUGUACCCAAUGAGAAGAACAUGCUGAUACUCCAAGAGAGUAGCAUUAAUGAAUCCCUAGGAGCAAUUAUAAUCUAUGCCCCAAUGGAGUUACAAUCCAUCACCUCAGCUGUUAAUGGUGAAGAUACUACGAUAACUCCUAUUCUUCCAUCUGGAUAUAUAAUCUCAAGCGAUGGCCACCUUGAUCAUAAUGAAAUUGGAGAGUCAAGCAGCUCAAACCCGAGUAACACCAGUGGUUCACUCUUGACAGCGGCUUUUCACAUACUAUUGGGUGGUAAUACACUUUCAGAGCAACAAAUAAUGGAGUCAGUGGCCACUGUGGACUCUCUUAUAAGUUCCACAGUUCAAAAAAUUAAAGUAGCUCUUGAUUGCUCCGAAUUGGAUUGAUAGAGUAAUAAUUUGCAUUCAAUUAUGUAAUGGGAUAAUAUUUGCAGACACUGGUGUGAUGACA